AUGGCCACUGUAUCAACGCCAAAUGCUUCGAUUGGCAAGAUCCGUUUCAUCCCCCUCUCGUACAACUCUGCCGAAUCUCAAACAUCAGCCCUACGUCUAAUCCUGACCCUGCGCCCCGAUUGGGAACGAACGGAUGGGCAAAUCGAAUUUAUACGAUUUACGGAUGGCAUAACGAACACGUUGUUGAAGGUCAUCAACAAGAGACCUGGGCUCUCCUCGGAAGAAAUUGACAAUGAGGCAGUUCUGCUGCGGGCUUAUGGUCAAGGAACUGAUUUGAUUAUCGACCGAGAGCGUGAGACUCAGAAUCACGAAUUACUUACGCAAUUCAACUUAGCACCAGCGUUACUUGCCCGGUUUAAGAAUGGAAUGCUGUAUCGGUUCAUUAGAGGGGCGGUCACCAGUCCUGCAGACCUCAGACAGCAAAGCAUUUCGCGUGGAGUAGCUAGACGAUUGGCAGAGUGGCAUGCGGUCGUUCCGUGUCUUGCAACGGAUCGUGAACCCCAAUCCACAGAAAUGAAUGGUAGUGAAGAAUUUGCUUUCCCAGCUACAACAUCAAACAAGGUGGGUUCUGCUCUGCAAUCUGUCAUUGACAAUACCGCUCCUGGCAAGCCAGCCCCUAAUGUCUGGACGGUGAUGCAAAAAUGGAUAUAUGCACUCCCGGUGGGAUCAGAGGUAGAAAAGACACGACAGGCAAAUUUGCAAAAGGAAUUGAAUCGUCUGGUUGCUGAACUCAGUAACCGGCCGGGUCUUGGUGAAAAUAGCCUUGUAUUUGCCCACUGCGACCUUUUAAGUGGUAAUGUUAUCGUACAACCUCGACCUGCUGGCAUUACUACCCCAGCUGCUAUAGAAACUGUCAGUUUCAUCGAUUACGAAUACGCAACCCCUUCUCCAGCAGCUUUUGAUAUUGCCAAUCAUUUUGCGGAGUGGGGAGGAUUCGAUUGCGAACAUCAAUAUAUGCCCACGCGAGCGGAGAGGCUUGAUUUCAUUCGCGAAUAUAUUCAAAGUUACUUUGCUCAUUUGAAGCAAACUUGUGAUGAAGAAGCAGAGGUCCAGAAAAUGUUUACCGAAGUGGAUAUAUUCAGAGCUGUCCCGGGCUUCUAUUGGGGAAUCUGGGCAUUGAUCCAGGCCACGAUAUCUCAAAUCGAUUUCGAUUAUGCUGCAUACGCGGAAAUCAGAUUGGGAGAAUACUGGGCAUGGAGAGAGGAGAAUGAUGGAACUCGCGCGGCUUCUGGCAAGGAAAUGCCCUUGAGAGAGCGACGAUGGGCGCAGGACGCAUAA